AGUUUUAUGUAGUGAAAGAAAAUGAGCCAAAAUUGGCAGUUUGCAUUUCGUGCAAGGCCGAAAUUAGUCGCGGUGGGGCCACAACCAAAACUUACAACACAACAAACCUUAUUCGCCAUUUAAAAAAUCACCAUCGAGCUGAUUAUGCAGCAUUUGAAGCUAGCAACCAAGUUAAGGCUAAAGUUGCUAGCGGAAGCAAAGAGCCAGCCAGUAGCCCGCUGUUCACUUUUAUGAGCAAUGAAAAGAGCAAGGCAACGACAAGGAAACUUAUGGAGUUCAUGGCAUUGGACGACCAACCGUUUUCUGUCGUGGAGGACCCAGGUUUCAGAAACCUGAUGCAGCACCUGAGCCCACGUUACAAUUUGCCAAGCCGGAGAUACUUUUCAGAUGUUGCCUUACCGGAGUUGUUCAACGAAGUUUCACGAUGCACUCGCAGCCUGCUAGAAGCCGACGCAAAGACGCUCAGCUUUACAACAGACAUCUGGACUUCUGAUGUAAGUUUAAUGUCCAUGCUGAGUCUUACUGCGCAGUGGAUCGACCAACAAUUUGAACGACAACAGGUGCUUCUACGCUGUAAAGAAAUGCCGGGGUCUCACACUGCUGCCAACUUGUCAGUAGAGUUUAAGGCGAUGUUGGAUCAGUGGAAUAUAAGUCAUGAAAGCGUUCACGUUGUCUUACGAGACAACGCUCGUAAUAUGGCCAAAGCACUGGAUAAUGCCAACUUGAAAAGUUUGCCCUGCCUGGCGCACACGCUGCAACUUGUUGUAAACGAGGGACAACUCGCGCAGCGCAGCAUAGCAGAAGUUGCGGCAAUAGGAAGGAAAAUUGUCGGGCAUUUUAAACAUUCAUCGCUGGCAUAUUCCCGCCUCUAUGACAUACAGGAACAGUUAAAUCAGCCCAGGAAACGACUACAACAAGACGUUGCGACUAGGUGGAACAGCACUGUCUACAUGUUGCAGUCCCUGUUAGAGCAGAGACGUGCCAUUGGGGUGUAUGCUGCUGAGAACGAGUUACCAGCCGCAUUUACAGCACACCAGUGGGAGCUUGUGGAAAAUGUGCUGACCAUCCUCGCACCUUUUGAGGAACUUACAAAGGAGAUCAGCUCAUCAACAGCUUCAGCAGCUGAUGUCAUCCCAGCGGUCACUGCACUCAAACGACUUUUAGAGAAGCAAGCAAGCACAGACCGCGGUGUGGGUACAGCCAAAGCAACACUGUUGGAAGCUGUUGUAAGAAGAUUCAACAACAUUGAGCACGAGCCCCUGUACAGCUUGGCUACUAUUCUUGAUCCAAGAUACAAGAAUCGCUACUUCUCAGCAGAGAUGAAAGAUGAGGUGAAACAGCUCCUUCUGGCCAAACUUGCGGAGGAAGAGACCAGAUCCACACCUGUGGCUGAAAGACCUGUUGCAGAAACAUCCACCAGACUGGGACCUCCUGACACUGAUGCACCUGCAGCUAAAAGGUGUAGUCUACUGUUGGCAGUACAUGAUGAAAUCCUAAAGGAGAACAUUGAGAAGGAGCAACAGCUAGCCACCCCUUCAGCCUUGCAGGUAGAGAGCUACUUAUCUGAAGUUCCCACCGACAGGAGCCAAGAUCCAUUGGCCUACUGGAGGCUCAAUAAAGUUCGCUUCCCUCAUAUUGCUUCACUUUCCCGAGCCUAUCUGUCAGCCCCAUGCACAAGCAUUGAAAGCGAACGCCUGUUUAGCUUGGCUGGGCAUGUAGUGGAUGAGAAAAGAAAUCGUCUGUCUGGUGAAAAAGCAGAAAUGCUUUUGUUCAUAAAGAAAAACUUGCCACAAAUGUACAAGUGACAACAAUUAGUCAGUGAGAACAGCUUCUCUGUGCAAUGUUACUCCUUGUUACUACCUGUUGACUUGAAAAUGUUACAUAUCCUGCACCGUAUUUUCUUUUAGGACUUCUGUUCUUUAAGGUGUUUGUUGAUUAUUUUUUAGAUGUUUUUUAUUUUUAAAUAGCCACAGAACUGCUGCAUUUGUACUUUUUUUUCUUUUUGCACUACAAAAAAACUCAAAUUCAAGACACUUGAUGGUUUAAGCUUGUAAAUUGUUUUAUUUAUUAUUUUUAAGUAAUUGCAUUGUUUUAUAUUGCAUGCAGAAAAUGCAAAAUAUAAACUUUUAUUUUAGUGAGAGGCUCAAUUCAGCUCAUUCAUUCAAUUCAAUCUGUUGAGCUAGUUUUCUGUUUACGUGAUUAAAAACAGAGUAAAGUAAAAUAGUGAACAGAUUUUUGUUAUGUGGACAACAAUACUCAAAGUUUUUUCUAAUUUUGGAAAAAUAACUUGUGCAGUUAAAAAGUUUACAUUGUAGUAAAUGUUACUGUUUUUUUCAAUAAAACAAAAUUUGGUACGUUGAAGAUGUAAGCUGUCAAGUCAAUUCUGAGGAAAAAUCGGUAUCGGCAAAUAUCGGUAUCGGCAAGUCAGAUUUUUUAAAGAUCGGUGAUCGGUGAUCGGCCAGAAAACUGCAAUCGGUGCACC